CUGCAGGACUGAGCAGUGAGACAAGAGCUAAAACAAACAGCUGUGACUGAGAGAGGCAGCCAAAGCUCGAAGGAACAGAAAACCCUCUCCAUACUGCGCCGCUUCCCCCCCCCCCGCCCCCGUUACACCAUUCACCCUCUCCUCUCCUUCCCUCCCUCCCCAGCUCCCUCUACCCCCACCCCACCCCCACCCCACCGCUACUCACCCAAACCUACCAAGCCACCUCUUCUCUAGUUUACUCUCGGCUCCCAGACAGCACUGGGGUUGUCAACAUGAGAAGGAUCCGCGCUAAUGCCAUCGCAAUCCUGACAGUCGCCUGGAUCUUAGGCACUUUCUAUUACUUAUGGCAGGACAACAGAUCCCAUUCAGCAUCCUCCAGCCGAUCUCCUAGCAGCAGCGGGGGUGGCAGGAACGGACAGAGACAAGCUGGUAGGCUGGAACUCCACAGAGAAGACCGGACUAUACCCCUCAUUGUCACCAAAAUUCCUACGAGAGGCUUUGAUGAGAAAGCAUACCUGGCCUCCAAGCUGUUAAAGGCCGGAGAGGACCCCUACAGGCAACAUGCCUUCAACCAGCUGGAGAGUGACAAGCUAAGCAGUGACCGCCCCAUCCGGGACACUCGCCAUUACAGAUGCACAUCUGUGCACUAUGCUUCAGACCUGCCAGCUACCAGCAUUGUUAUUACCUUCCACAAUGAAGCCCGAUCCACCCUUCUGCGAACAGUGAAGAGUGUUCUGAAUCGUACCCCUGCCAACCUGAUCCAGGAGAUCAUUUUAGUGGAUGACUUUAGUUCUGAUCCUGAAGACUGCCUGCUCUUGACCAGGAUCCCUAAAGUCAAAUGUCUCCGUAACGAUCGGCGUGAAGGGUUGAUCCGUUCCCGUGUUAGAGGGGCAGAGGUGGCAAUAGCGGAUAUCCUUACCUUCCUGGAUAGCCACUGUGAGGUGAACAGUGAGUGGCUUCAGCCCAUGCUCCAGAGAGUGAAGGAGGACUACACACGGGUGGUCAGCCCCAUCAUUGAUGUCAUCAGCCUGGAUAACUUUGCAUACCUGGCAGCAUCUGCUGACCUUCGGGGAGGAUUUGACUGGAGUCUUCAUUUCAAAUGGGAGCAAAUACCCAUAGAACAGAAGAUGUCCCGGACAGACCCCACCCAGCCAAUUCGAACACCCGUCAUAGCCGGAGGGAUCUUUGUUAUUGACAAGGCCUGGUUUAACCACCUGGGAAAAUACGACACUCAGAUGGACAUCUGGGGUGGGGAGAACUUUGAGCUCUCCUUCCGUGUGUGGAUGUGUGGUGGUAGCUUAGAGAUUGUCCCCUGCAGCCGAGUGGGCCAUGUCUUCAGGAAACGACACCCAUAUGACUUCCCAGAGGGUAAUGCCCUCACAUACAUAAAGAAUACCAAGCGCACUGCAGAAGUUUGGAUGGAUGAGUACAAACAAUAUUACUAUGAAGCCCGGCCAUCUGCCAUUGGAAAAUCCUUCGGCAGUAUAGCUGACCGAGAGGAGCAGAGGAAGAAGAUGAACUGCAAGUCUUUCCAAUGGUACCUGGAGAAUGUCUAUCCAGAGCUCAAGAUCCCAGAGAAGGAGCUAAUUCCUGGUAUCAUUAAGCAAGGAACAAGUUGCUUGGAGUCCCAGGGUCAGGACACAGCAGGCAACAACCUGGUUGUCAUGGGGAGCUGCAAAGGGACUUCAAACAAUCCUCUCAUGACCCAGGAGUGGGUAUUCAGUGAUCCUCUGAUCCGGCAACAGGACAAGUGUCUCUCCAUCACAUCUUUCUCUACAGGGUCUCAAGUCACACUGGAAGCCUGCAACCAGAAAGAUGGCAGACAGAAAUGGAAGAUGAAGGGUUCUUUUAUCCAGCACUUGGUCAGUGGCCUCUGUUUGGAGAACCAAUCCCCACAGGUGGUGACCGGACUGUGCCAGGUGGAUUCACCUGCCCAACAGUGGGAGUUAAUGCAAGCCACAUGAUGGUAGCCCAAGGGACCUCAUCCUUCGUUUUUGCAUGAGACUUUGGGGCUGGAAUGGGGUUAGGGUGGGGGAGUGUCAAGCCGGGUUGUUUUCAUCUUGUCAACAUUUCUGUUGGGAUCAUCAGCAAACAUCACCACCAUGUUAAGUGUUUUUCCAAAGCUCAUGUUGGGGGAAGGAGGGAGGCAGUGGCAUGUCCAUGGACUCCCCGCCCCUAGCAGUUCUACCUGUACUCCUAGCCUUACUUCUGGUGGAGAAAAUGAUAAGGACUAUGGACUGUGACUGGCAAACUCAAAGACUGGGCAGAGUUGGAGGUAGCACUUUGUCUUUUUCUUAUUUCCCAUCCCUAUAGAUAUCCCUGACCCUAGUGCCUCCAGGCCUAGUUUACCCACAAUGAGGGACGACAGUUUGUAUAUGAACAUAUGGGUGAUGUUGUUAUGUGUGGACAGGAAGACCUAACUCCUCUGUGGUAUUGCUGUCUCCUGACUGGGGUCCUCGGCUACAGAAGGGCUGUGGGGUAACAGGAUGAGAGGGGUGGAAGAGAUUCAUAAUAUGGGGAAGAAACAAUUGAAAAAUGGGAUGACCACUAGAGGAGAUGGGUCAAGGGGUAGGAUGAGGGAACAGCCCAGGGUUAUCAGUGCAGAGUCUGUACAGGAGAAAUCCCAGGAUCAUAGUGGGAUGCUUAAAAUGUGUAAAGGGGCAACCCUAGAAGGCAAAAAGAUGGAUAAGUUGAUGAAAGGGGUAAAGUAGACAAAAGGUAAAAUCCCAACAAAGGCCCUUUGCUUUAGAUGUACUUUCACCCUCAUCAACGCCAUCCUGGAUCUUCUGGGCUGAAAAAGACCAUUUAGUAAGAAGGCUUGGAAGACCAGUUCAUUAAACUGUUCCUGGUGACUGUUCCUUUAGGGCUUGGACAAUUUCACCUUGGUUUUAAUUUCUUAACCCCUAUUCCCUAUGCUGGAAUCCUCAAGGAUAACGCUCUCCAAAUUUUUUUGAUCCUGCAUCCUUAUAAGUUUAAAAAAGAAAAACACCACCACUUUUUUAUAAAAUGGUGGGUAUUCUAGGGGGAGGGGAGGAGUUUCUGAUGGCACCUGUACAGCUACUACGGGUGAGGAUUAAUUAUAACUGUUCUGAGGUGCUGACAUGUUGUACUGUGAAGAGCGAAGGUAGGUAUGGUUGUUUUAGAGAUAAGCCCAAUGAUUGGCUAUCCUACGGAGGACCCAUCUUCCUACCUUUCCAUUGGUUGGCCAAAGGCUCCUUAAAGUCAAGCCCCACCUACCAGCUCCUUUGGAAUCAUGCCACACACCCCCAGGGGCAUCCACACCCACUUUAGAGGCAACUGCUCUAAGAGACAUUCUUGAAAGGAGCUGGACCUUGAAAGAGUUUAAAUGACUAUUAACAUAUGGUUCCCAGCUCUCCUCACUAGCCACUUUCCCCCAUCCUCCAUAUGUGACUUGUGCUUUCUGAAAGGUCAUUUGUCUUUAUAAGGAGGAUGUUAUCUUGGGGGUAGAAGGAAUGGGGCUCCUUUGCAUGGUAUGAAUAAUACCUCUCUCCUUUCAGAAACCACAAGGCUACUCCAAACCCUGCUGUUAUUGAAGGACUGAUAUAGAAUUGGGAGCUCUGGUUGAGCAAAGAAAGCUCCCACUUCCUUCCCUUCCCUACACUUUGGCCUCCUCCUAGAGUUCCUCCUUCCCCUCCCCUCCACAACUACAUCCUCAUAUUGAGCCAGGAAGGUAUGUCCUUAGGGGUUCUCUCUGGUGGCCAAAGGCUGUGCAUCUACUUCAUAGUCUCCUGUGAUUCUUCCCUUAGAAUAAACCUCCACAGGGCUGCCUUCCUCCUAGGUUUAGGCAUCACCCAGGUACUAUAAGGGCCUAACUUAGUCCAGCUCUAGACCUUUCCAGAUGGAAAACACAAGGUCUUCUUGAAGUGCCCUCAUUUUUCUUUCUUCUCGAUAUCUAUAGCACAGAGUUGUUAUCACAUCUACUCCCUGGCCUGUAUCAUUCUUUUGAAUGGUAUCCAAAGGCUCUGUGAUAGCGAAUGUCCGUGUUGUAUGGGGGAGCAUCUCAACAAGUUUUUCUUUUUCUGAACUAUUACUUAGAGGCUAUUCCCCCUUUGAGGGGAGUGUUGUCAGUGUCUUAUGUUAUACUUAUGUUAUAGCAAUGUGUUCCCAGCCCUGGGGAGGGCAUAAUCGUGUUGGCCCCAUACCUCUCGGCCACAGUAUAACAUUUUUUGUGGGGCAGCGUUUACCCAUGGAACUCCAACGUUAAGUGUGAUGUUGUUUCAUCCAUUCUUGUCCCUCUUGGCAAAUUAACACCACCCAAUCCAGUCUAAUCCAAUCCAAGUUCGUUCGACAAACAUGCAUUGUGCCCCUACUAUGUGCAGAGCACUGCUCUCAACACAACAGACAGCCUUCAUUUGAUUUGGACCACAUAUUUAGUAUAAAAACUAGUAAAGUUCUGAAUCAUCUCAGGAUAGGUUGUAGGUGUAAAUGGCCUUUAUGUAGAAUUUGGAUUGAUGUGAUGAGAAAAUUUGAUGAGUUAUUUCCAAGAGUCCCAAAUUUAUUCCCAGUGGUCAUGUCAGAAGGCUCAGAGCUGCUUUGUUUUUGUUCUUCUUGACCAAAGCAUGUGCUACUUAGCUGUCCUUGAGGAACUUGUCUCUAUGAAUGCCUGGAAUAAAACCCUUCUCAAACACAUGUGCACCCCUUUCCUUGGCUCCCAGGUCCCACAUAGCCUCUACAUCGAUGUAUGUUCCACCCUGCCCAGGACUAUCUGACCUCCUGGUUGGUAGUCAGCUGCUUCUUGCACUGAUCUUUCUCAGUGAUAUCCCCAAAGCCUCUGGGUGGGGUUCCCAUAGUGUUUUGCAAGUGACAUUGAUAGCUGCACAAUUCUGGGAGCCCAGUGGAAGAGAGGAGAUUUGAGAAUAAUGAUGAUGACAAUGAUAAUAAAUGAUACCUUGCAACAACAA